AUGAGGAAGUUUCGGCAAUGGUCUUUGACUAAAAUAAUUGAAACGGCUGAAGCAUUUUUGCGCCAAACCGUUAAGGAUGCUGUCAUCACCAUGCCGGCCUACUUUAACGAAAGUCAACGCCAAGCCACAAAGGAUGCUGGAACGAUUUCUGAACUUAAUGUUUUGCGUAUCAUCAACGAGCCUACUGAUGCGGCUAUUGCUUAUGGUUUGGAUAAGAAGGGCCAAGGCGAGCGCAACGUCUUGAUUUAUGACUUGGGCGGUGGAACGUUCGACGUGUCUAUUUUGAAGAUUGAAGAUGGAAUUUUUGAGGUCAAGUCGACUGCUGGAGACACUCACCUUGGAGGCGAAGAUUUUGACAAUCGAAUGGUCAACCAUUUCGUGCUGAAUUCAAUCGUAAGCACAAGAAGGAUCUUGCCACCAAUCCUCGUGCUCUCCGUCGUCUUCGUACUGUUUGUGAACGCGCUAAGAGGACUUUGUCUAGCUCUACUCAAGCGAGGUUGUUUAGGAGUUUUUCGACCUUAA